CAAUUUUGCGCUUGAACUGCAUAUUGGUGCAGAACGUGGAACAAACAUGCACUAUAACGUGUCCUUUUGAGUUGCGAGUGUUACAAUGAGUUGUAUGCCUUAGAUGUUAUCACUUCUCUGUGAGCCACACUCUUCCUAGUGUUUUCAAGAUUUGUUUCUUGAUGCCCACCUGGCACAAUGGACGAACACCUUUGUUGAUAAGGCGCGGUCUUGCAUGUGAGAACAGUUCGAGGCUGCCUCCUAUGUUCCCAAGAUGGCAUCGCAGGAAUUGAAGCCUGGAUGGGGAUCAUGAGCACUAUUCUUUCCCCAUUUUUUGCGCUGAGGUUUUGGACCUGUGUCAGCGCUUGCAUUUGUGCAUUCCAGGCCUCAACAGCAUUUGCUGGCCUGCUUGCGCAGAGAUGCUCUAGGACGGCCCUACAAGCACAGGAGGACAGUUCGCCUGCUGUCGGUUUGGAUGUGGGCACUACCAAUUCUGCCGUGGCCGUGCGUCGGGCAGAUGGUCGCUUCCUUGUCGUGCCACCACCAGGUGCACCUAGGGGCCGUCCAACGAUGCCAUCAGUGGUGGCUUUCAACUCUGAGGGCGACUCUGUUGUGGGGUUGAAGGCGUUGCGUGUUAAACAUAUCAGCCAAAAGCAAGUGGUCUUCCACUCCAUGAAGCGGCUCUUGGGGCGGACCUACGAAGAAGCUCACCAAAUUGGUUUGAGACCCAGCGAGCUGGGCGCAGAUCCUUCUGGUCAGGCGCGAGAGAUAGUUCGGCUUCUGCUGCCGGGAGGGCGCGUGAUCUCUGUGGAAGAAGUAGUUGCCGUGCUCAUCAAGGAGCUGGUGAAGAUUGCAGAGAAUUACCUUGGACAGCCAAUCAAGCGUGCAAUCCUAGGUGUGCCGGUGCGCUGGAAUAAAUAUCAGAAGCGUGCCCUGGAAUAUGCUGCCGAACUGGCAGGGCUAGAAACUGUGCGGCUGGUGCCUGAACCUGAGCUGGCAGUUCGGGCCUAUGGCGUCAGGACCAGUCCAAAUGCUGACAUUGUCACAGGUGGAGGCAAUCUUGGCCCAAGGCCACGGAACUUCAAAGGCAAAGUUGAAAUCGAGGCAACAGCGCAGCGACUUGAAGAGAAUCCAUAUUCGGCCUCAGCUGAAGAGCUUGACACAUUCAGAGAAAGCAUGAAGAAGAUACAGAAUCCGACUGCCAAGCACAUUCUCGUUGCAGAUUUGGGUGGAGGAACCUUUGAUGUGUGCAUUGUCCGCCAAUGGGUCGAGUGGGACGAGAUCCACAUUCAGUUCACAAGUGGUGACGAACGCCUUGGCGGGAACGAUUUUGACAACGCGUUGACCACUUGGUGCCUCAAGCAAAUGAAACCUGAAAUGCAACGUUUGAAGAAGUGGCCGCUGUCAAGGGAGAGCCAGGAUGAGCUUAGGAUCCUAGCAAAGAAGGCCAAAGAGAGACUGAGCAGUUCAGACUCUGCCGAGAUCUUGUUUGGCCCCUUCAAGGCAACGGUUACUCGGGACAACUUCCGAGUGAUUUGCCUGGAUGUACUGAAGCGUCUAUUGGUGCCAAUCCGUGAAGCUGCCUAUGGCUCACACCUGCGGUUGCCAUUUGAGUCUCUAGCAGAAGAGGCCCUUGACGUAGCAGAAAGGAGUACCAAGAGAAAGAAGAGGCGCAUGACAGAAAGAGAUCUCCGCACCAGAAGCAAGCAACUUCGGUCAAAGCACCAGAAGGGCGAUGUGGAGGAUGACGACGAAAUAAUGAUCGACGAAAUCCUGCUGAUCGGUGCCGCCACCUGGAAUCCUGCAGUCCGCGAGAUCCUGGCAUUGGUGACAGGUGUGACGCCAAGCAGUGCUAGCAUUGAUCCAGAAACUUCUGUGGCGCUGGGAGCAGCCAUUUUGGCUUCCAUCAUGGAUCAGCAGAUGACAGACAUGCAGGUGCAUUCACCCUGGCGAAGCGCUUGGGUCGAGUACCUCAUGAAGAAGCCUUCUCUUCUUAAGAAGUUCGAGGAGGAGCAGCAGUCCAAGAUGGGCGCUGGUUGAUUGCGAAAACAGGUGGUACUGGAGAACACCAUAACUCAAACGCAAUAUGGCCAAAGAGCUUUGAAGCGGAGGUGAGAUGUCCAGCAAAGGGCUAGGUGACCCAGUGGUCACAUGACAACUAAUGACAUGGUGAAGCAUUGGACUGUGCAACCAGAGUCAAUGGCUGA